AUGACGUUCCUUUCGACGACUUAUCUCAUACCCGGGAUAUUACUCAACCCCGCCUUCGUAUUACACCUCAUAAAUACCUUCGUUUCACAUCUCUUACCACCUCCUCCGACAAUGUCGACAUCUCCACAUCCGAUCUUCGAAAGUCUUGGUCCACUACCAGGUUCGCAAUGGGCACUUGAUAUGCAUGAAGAUGAUGCGUUGUGUUGGAGAUAUACAGCUGUCAUGGUAGUCAUACAAAUGUGGAUAUUUGGUCGGGUGAGUGGUAACAGGAUUUCGAUGAAAGAUGCCAAAGCAGGCAGAAUGGAAAGGGAACGAGCACGCAGAGAACGAAGUGCUAUUGAGGCCGAAUCAACAUCUGCGAAACUAACGAAUGGGCUGGAUGGCAUUUGUGAAGUAGAGAAUGGUAUGUUGGGAAAGGCAGACCUUGGACGACAUGACGAAGUAUUGGAGGCCAGUGAUGGGAAUACGACGGAAACGAGCGAAGAGGAGAUCAUUGUAUAA